UCCGGCAGAACGCUAAGGGGAGGGAGUGCAGGCGGGGAGGCCCCAGCAGUCACUGCAGCUUCGGGACCAGCUCCUGCCAUGGCCUCGCUCGUGAAGAAAAUAAUCAGCACUGCUAAAGCCCCUGCACUGGGUCCCUACAGCCAAGCUGUGCUGGUGGACCGGACAAUGUACAUUGCAGGGCAGAUCGGGCUGGAGCCUUCCACUGGGCAGCUUGUCUCUGGAGGGGCAAAAGAGGAAGCCAAGCAGGCUCUAAAAAACAUGGGAGAAAUCCUGAAAGCUGCAGGCUGUGACUAUGGCAAUGUUGUGAAGACCACAGUUUUGAUGGCUGACAUGAAGGACUACAAUGAUAUCAAUGAUGUUUACAAACAAUUUUUCAAGGCAAACUUCCCAGCCAGAGCAGCUUAUCAAGUUGCUGCUUUACCCAAAGGGGCCAGAGUUGAGAUUGAAGCUAUUGCCAUUCAGGGACCUCUCCAAGAUGCUUCAGCAUGACUAUAAAUAGAGAUUGGAUAUCUUACAAUGGCAGUUUUAGAUUGAGUUAAUACUUCUCCCUUAUAUCCAAUUCCUACAGCUGACUAAUAGCAGUUACACACAGCUGAAAUCAGUAAACUUACUGAGGAAAGGUGCUUUCUUCAGCACUCACAGUGAGUUCUGUACUGACAAACUCUGAAAAGUGCCUGAGUCCUGCUAAAACCAGCUGAGCCAGAUUGCAGGACAGGAUCUGCCCUUUGUGGGGGUGACUGGAUAUUCAGGUAUUAAGGUACAUACCUGGGUGAAUGUAUUGGAGUUACACUAUGGGUGAUAUGGACAUGGAAAACUAUACUGAUUUGUAAUUGUAGGUCUUUUGUCAUUUUUUAAUUUAAAAUUUUUUACUAAUGAGAAAACAGAACACAUUAAUUGCUUAGCAUACAUCUUCACUUCAGAGGAAUUUUACUUUAUUUGCUUCUGAAUUUUCUUAACCUCUUUCUUUACAUAAUAGAUUACUGUUGGGACUCAGAUUUUUUUUUCAUAUGUAAGCAACUGCUUAACAAAGACAAUAAUGAUUUCAGAAAGAAGAAAAUUAUGAUUUUCUGAAGUGGUACCUUUAUAAAUCAGAUGGAUAUUAAUAUCUACAUGUUACCGUUCUCGUGAUCUUUUUUAUAGCAAUUCAACUUUGACUGUUUUGAUUUUAAAAAACCAGUAAAAAUUAAAGAAUGUUUAAUGAGAAUCAAAUAAAAUUGCAACUGCAAAAUGUGCUUGUCUAUUAUGGGAACAAACUUUUCUUUUCCUGAGUGUGGUUUAAUACUCCAUUACAAAAAAGUCUCCAGCUUGCUUAUACAAUAACAAAUUUGAACCAAGAGAAUAGGCUUAUCUACAUCCUAAUAGCUAAGGAUUAAAUUCUCCAGGACAGGAAGUUUUCAGCUACCAUCAUUACAGUUCUUGUAAUUUUUUCCUCUGCCAUUAAGGUCAGAAGCAUUGGUUUGAUGGGGUGAUUAGAAAAUAUUGAGAAAUCCAACUGGUGAUGCCAGUAACUUAUCCCAUCCCUCUGUAUUGAUCUUCUGUCAAGUAGAAAUAGAUACUGUGAGAACAGUCAGCCCUACUUACCAGUCCUAGAUUUGAUGUGAAACAACCAUUCCUCCUUUUCACUGAGCUUAUAAAUUGUACCAUUAUAGACAAAAGAUUCUUAUUGAGGUUUUCACAGCAAAUAUAUGCAGCUAUAAGGAUUUUUUAUAGAAUUACCUUGCUUUUUCUGGGACAUAAUUAUUUUUAUUAGAAGCAAGAUAAUGCCUUUGUUAUUUCAAACAGCAGACUUCCAAACAACCUUUGAAAAAUGCCUGACUUUUCUCUAAAUAAACUUCCUAUGCAUAAAC